AACAAUAUUACAAGCACCAGGAAAACACCUGACAGGGACACAACCACUUCAUUCUGUCCCUGUCAUCUGACCGGACACAGCUAUAGUUUUGGCUCAGGGAGAGAUAUGUGAACCAUUCCUGUUUAAGUCCUCUGACUUUGGAUCUAAGCAGGCAGCAGAUUGGGUUGGUUUUUUGAAAUGAAUGCAGGUCAGUCCUCCAGUGUUGUUCCAAUUGGUGAAGGAAAGUCCUGUUCCAGGGCUGAAUUUUCCUCGUUUUUGAACACCUACAACUGCUUUCUUAAAGACAAAACGCACCUGCAGCUUGUAGUUUGUGAGAAUGCUGGGCAGGUGACAUUUGAAGGCAUUCUGGUCAUUUCAUGGGGAGUAAAGAGACCCAUUCGGCUACAAAUACAAGAUGAGAAACCAAUUUUUCCAAAUGAGUCUUCAGUCAAGUCACCAGAUCCCAUCAGUCCACUUGGAAGCAAAAGGGGUAUGACACGCUGGGGAGAAUUUGAUGAUCUUCAUCAUAUUGAUGAACUGGAAGAAGAUAUUCAGGAUGGAUCCAAAAAUCCUGACAAUCCCACUGAAGACUACAUUGAAUAUGAGAGCAAGACUUUAAGACUUCCUCGGCACAGGUUAAUCAGUGACAAAAGUUCGAAUCUGUUCCGAACCAUGAGUGACGCCUCGCUGGUGAAGAUGAGGGUGAAGAGUAAGAAGAUGGUAGAACGACAGAAGAACAGAACCAAUCGCUUCUCCAUCAAUGGACACUUUUACAACUACAUGACAUCCAUUUUCACACCAUCAUAUGGAGCAACCACAAAUGUCCACAUUAACAGCAAGAUGACAACACAAGAGGUCAUUACACAACUACUUCAAAAAUUUAAAAUAGAAAACAAUCCUAAUGAAUUUGCUCUUUACUGUAUUCAUCAAAGUGGAGAGAAAAAAAGGCUGAGCAGUUCAGAUUUUCCAUUGUGGGAGCGUCUUCUUCAGGGACCCUCAAACAGCAUUAUGAAGAUGUUCCUCAUGGACACAGACGAACAGGAAAUUAGUCUUGAUGUGGCUCAAUACCUCAAUUUAGAGCUGCCAAUUUUGAGGGUAAUUCUACAGAAGCUGGAGGAGCAAGAGAAUCAAGAAGCACAAAGGAUCAUUUCAAAGUAUGAACAUCAACGCAAUCUCUUAUUGCAAUGCUUGAAUAAAAAGUUGAUUAAGACUGAGACAACUGUAUAAAAAAGACUUAAGAGAGACUGUUGCAACAUGAGACUGUUUUCCACUUGGUGUGAUCCAAAGAAUAUAAGAUGAAAUGGAAAAAAACAUGAUAUCACUGGAUCGAUUUCAAGACUAACAAGAGGAAUCAUUUGAGAUGUUGAGAAGUGCACAUAUGACAUGUUUAAAACUGUUUUACUCAUAUAGUUGUGUUUACAAUGUAAAAUAGUUUUCACAUAAGUGUAAUUACAAUAUUUAUCAUGUGUCAAACCAAAUAAAAUGCUAUUUGACUUGUAGUUUGAGAAGUAACUAUAAGAUUUGCACUGUGGUUUGCUCUCAAGCAUUCUCAUUCUUGAAAAUGUAUAAAAACAGUCACUGGAAGAAAAAAAAUCUUUAGUUUGAAAAAUAAAUAUGGACACUGUUGCUAAUGGAAUGUUGUGUUUGGAAAAGUGAGAUCAGCCUGGAAAUGUCUAGACAUAGUAUUCUGGCAAACAUCUUUGCUAUUUGUUAACAGGGGUUUCUAAAUAUUUGUAGUGCAUAAACCUUUCUGCUUGGCUAAAUGUAUCAUUUUAAUUGAUUGUUUUUGUAUACACUCUUAGAAGAAAAGGUCCCAUAUAGAACCUAAAAGGGUUAUAUCACUCUCUUCAUGUUUGGAACCCCUAAAAGUUUCUAAAUCAAACCAUUUUUAAGGGUUCCAUCAAACGAACCAUAAAGGGUUCUUUGAGACAAGUUUUUAAGGGUUUCAAACAUGGAAUCGUAACA